AUGGGUACCGUCUGGCUACGGCUGAGCCCGGUUCAGAAAGACAUCCAGUCUUUCGUCAACGCACUAUUCUUCGGAAGUGCCUUCUUGAGCUUCAUGGCUGUUGCUUAUGAAGGUGCUAAUGGUCUGUACGAACCCCUGGCGUUUGUGGUGUCCAACUUUCUUAUCGGCCUACUCUUUCUCUUCCUUAUCUCUAUCCUCUUCGCUAGCGUUACCUAUGGGCUAGUCGGCUUUCGCUCCGAUGCCAUAGCGUUCUUCAUCCACGUUAUAUGGCUCUUUCAAGAUCUGGUCGCGGCCGAGAGUCUGAUUGUCCUUGUCGCGUCUCUCUUGCCCAACUUCAUCGUCGCUCUCACCCUUGUGGCUUUCGUGAAUGCACGCCUUAAUGUCUUUUGGCGUUACGCCUUCCAUUACAUCGACUAUCAAAGUUAUGUUUUUCGGGGUAUGAUGGUCAACGAAUUUACCGGCCGUGUAUACCAAUGUGCUGGUGACAUCGGUUUCGGUUGUUCGUGUGCUUAUGAGAGUGAUCUUUCUGAUCAGUGUAAGAUUGAUGGCCGGGCUGUGUUAGGGUAUUACAGCUAUGCCACCAAUCGACUGGAUACUUCUAUUGGCAUCAUGAUUGGUAUCGUUGCAGUCUAUCGUCUGCUCGGAUAUCUGGCUCUACGUUUCCGAAAGUAA